AUGAAUGCGGAUGACUUAGAAAGGGAAUUUGUUAAAAACGGUCUCGGAAUAUAUGAAAUGCCAGCAGAUGAGGUACAAGAAACUCCACAGGAAGAAGUUCAGAUACAACCAGACAUGGAAGAAAUAGUUCAGCAACAACAGCUAGAAGAGCCUGAAGGAAACGAACAAGUCCCUCCUUUGGAAACUAACUUCACAGAACUAGAUGAAGAUUUGGAACAGCCGAAAAAUCUUGACCCUCAACAAGUGUAUGCGGAGAAUAUGGAAUCUUUCCAAGAGUCUAAGAAAAAUUCGGCUGACAUAGUAGAAGAAUAUCGAAAAAUGUUCGCCGACAUACAAAAGACUCCAACAUCAGAUGAAAAUAUCCAGCAUAGAAUGGAAGUACUGAAAGAUAAUGUACACAAAUACAACAAUCCUUUUUACUUACGAGCAUAUAACGUUCAAUCUUUGGAUGAACUCGGUGAAAAUAAAAGGUUAAAUUUCAACAAAACAUAUAGAAAUGAAACAUUGUUUAAAGUUCAUUCAGAACCUAACAAAUAUGGAAACAAACCUACUUUUGUUUCUGCAGACUAUGGAACUACAAUGAGAUGGGGUCAUAAAGCUAAUCCGGAUAGGUGGUUCAUAAACUUACAACCACAAUUCCAAGAAGUUGUAGACGCAAUGGAAGCGAAUAGUGAACCAGAUAUAGCUGGUAUUUUCAGCGCGGCUUUAAUGCCAUUGAAAGAUAUGAAACAUGCAGAUAUUUUGGACCAGUAUGAAAUGAACAUGGCUGAUGGAAAUAUAACACCUGACGUUCUAGAACAUUUAUCUCAAAGAACUACACAGAACCAUAGAGAUGGUAUAUUUGGUGAAGAGUUUAGAAAGAAA